AUGAUUGUUCAGUUUGCUACAGUCCAGCUCUGGUCCGCCAUCACAGGCACGCGACCUGGCGUCUUGCUUCCUCAAGACACCUCAUCACCUGGCACUCCAGCUUUGGGCAAACGCAAACGGGAUGAUACCUUCCAGAGUGAUCUUCCAAAGCACAUUACCUUGAAAGAUCUUCCGGACUCGGUGUGCUAUCGCGAUAUUGAACUUCUCUACCUGAAAGACCCUCAAAGUAAACGUGAUGUCCUCUGUGCCAUCAUCGAGUUUCGCAAUCUCAAAGGUCGACCGGAAGGUGCUGAUGGAACCAAAUUCUUCAUGCACAGCGAUUAUCAACUGGCAUAUUGCCCGAUAGCUCAAAUCAUUGCCUUCGCUUUCCGCGAUGGGUCUUUUGCUAAUACCGACCUCACACCAGAGCUCAUUUGGCGGCUACGAGUUCCAAGAGGCAGUCCAUUUCUUCCCCUCCGGUGGAAGCCCGAAGUUCUUAAUGUACCCUUCCUUCGACGUCUUGAACGCACUCCCUACGGCUACGGACUCGAUGGGUCUUUGCCAAUGACCUAUGAUUUAAGUCGGCAGGCGCUCAAGGAGUUGGGUCGAGAUGCUAGAUUUGAAGACGAUACAGGGCAUUAUAAUUUCCGCCGCUGGACGGCAAAUGAAGUCAACAAAAAUUUUAUCAGCCAGGAGCGACAAAGGGUGCUCGGUCAGUCUGGCGACGCAGUUUUUGAAAAUCAUUACCAAUCGCAAUUUAUUGCGCGCGACCUUCAGCAUGUCGUUCUUCUUCGACCCUCCCAAGAUGGUCUGGUACGUUUCGCUGGGAGCAUGCUUAGGAAGAGAGAUCUAUCGGCACCAUCUGAUCUUACCGAAGCGCAUAAACGUGCUAUUUUCCAAAACCCUGGAAUUCUGCAACUUAGACGCGAGAAAAGAGAGCUCAUGGCGGAGAUGCGGUCCGUGGCUGGCACAAUCAAGAACGCCCGUGACACCUUUCCACACCUCUUCCAAAGGCAUGAGACCGUCAAAAAAGACCUGGGCAAACUUCGAAAAACAUCGGCGAUCGAAACUCGCGAGACAGCCAGAAAGGACUAUUUUAAUAAUGCCCCCGUGCUUGAAGUUGACAGGCAGAUCAAGCAAAUGCUUCUCGGCGAAUCUGAUGUUGAGGAACGCGAUGCUGAUAGUUCCGCUGAAGAAGACUGGGAGCUCCCUAUCCCGGACUCUCAUCUGCUUCAUGCACACGACGGGAUCAGUUGCAACUGGGAAGCAUGUCGCACUCUUCCCAAGUUUGCCAAAAUCACCGAAUUUUUAGCCUAUGCUAAUAAAGAACACAAAUAUGAUAUCAAAAUUAAACUAUGUCAUCUCACCGAAAGGCCACGGUGGGUCGGCAAGGCACUGAAAAUCCCGCCUCCUCUGUCGAUUUCGAUAUGA